GCAAGUGGCCUCCCAGUGCCAACUGCUUCAGUCAUCCUUGGGACGUCCAUCCUCCCUGCAACUCCCCCAGCUCCCUGACGAACCGCUGUCACUCCAAGACGCCCCAGGAGGGCUUUUCCAGAUGCCCCCCGGAGACCCCUUUCCUGACCAGGUGACAGUAGUCUGGUUAUUGGUGUUUUCUCUCGCCUUUGCUUUGGUUUGUGACCCCCAAGAGAAUCUAUCAUUGGCCGAAAUCACCCUGCGACGCCUGGCUCCGCGCCUGCUCUUCUCCCUGCGCCUUCUUGGCCCCAGUGCUGACGUCCUGCUCCGUCCAGAUGCUGUCGACAGCCUCCUGGAUCGUCUCCUGCCCCACGGGCAGAUGCUUUUCCUCAAUGAACGUUUCCUCCAGGCGAUGGACCGAGAACUGGGCAUCAAAGCAUCCCGCUGA